AUCACACCACGAGCAUCUCCACUGGCGACCUGCGAUACCAUACAGACUUCAUACACUUUGCGUCCCUCUGCCCCAUCUAAAGUUAAGAUGAUAUCAAAAGUCAGUAAACUGGCACGUUUGAUCGUCACCCCUUCUACAUCCUUGAUUGAUACCAAAGUGGCAAUCCAAGCGACCGGACUGAAGACUUAUAGCCCAGUGACUAUCAGAUCUGUCUCUGAGGUGGAAACCCGCUUUAGAAAAGUGAUGUUUGAAGGUUACGGUCAUUACAUAGUCGACGAUGACGGAGUUGUUUCGGUCCCUAAGCAGUCUUCCUUAGGCGGAACGUACACUGGUUCUGAAUCAAUGGGGCUGUUCUGGAGCAUGCAGCCUUUCCGAGGUCAGAAACUCGGCACUCGUUUCUUCGUUAAAGACGUCACGAAGCCAGUGACGGUAAAUCUCUCUUUGCACUAUGGACAUCUGGACACCGAUGCAUUGCAAACGGCUGAACCGGAGGCUACUGCGACUUCCGAGAGAUGGUACAUGAGCAAGAACGUGGAAAGGAUCAGGGUCCACAGCGGGCGCCUUAGGGGGGCAUUAUUCAAACCAAAAGGGGCAGGACCGUUUCCAGGUGUGAUCGACAUGUUUGGAGCUGUUGGAGGUUUGGUGGAGUUCCGCGCAGCUAUGCUGGCUUCCCGUGGGCUGGUCUGCUUCGCUCUACCGCACUCCCUGUAUGAGGAUCUACCCUCAAAGGGAAACAUAGAUUUGGAAUAUUUCAAGGAGGCCAUCGACUGGUUGAGUGAUCAACCCUUUGUGAAAGCAGGAGGUGUCAGUAUGGUUGGUGUUUCGACUGGAGCCCAGUUUGCCCUGGCUACAGCUUCACAUUUUCCUGAAAAGUUAAGAGCGGUCAUCAGUAUCAAUGGCCUUCACGCUCAAUCUGAGUUUCCCUUUAAAUUGAACGGAAAGCAGAUGCCGUUUUUUAAGGCGCCUCCCGAAAUCAUGAAACCUUCUUCGAAGUUUGAGGGUGCUAAAGAUGCAUUUGGUAUCCACAAAGAGAUGUAUAAAGUAACAGGUGAUCAUUCAGCAAUAUACAAGCUGGAAAAUGCCAGGCAGUGCCACUUUCUGUUUAUAACGGGAGAGGCGGAUGAGGUAUGGGACAGCUGCUUCGGUGCACGGGAAGCGGCAACCAGACUCUCGAGGUAUGGAUGCUCCAACUAUCAGAUCCUGAGUUAUGCCGACGCCGGUCACCUGAUUGAAGUUCCUUACGCUCCAUCAGUCGUCACGUUUUUCCUUCCGGGCUACGGGGUUAUUGUGAACGGAGGAUCAACAGUCGGCAAUGCUAAAGCCACGGAGGACUCUUGGAGCAAGAUCGUGAGGUUCCUGCAUGUCUAUGGUGGCUGCUAUAAUACAGCGAGCUGAGAGCAUGCGCCCAUAAACGACAACGCUGUACACAAUGUACACGAUAACCUACUAAAGGAUAACUUAGUUACGUGUUAGAAACCGUUUUCAAGGGAACUAAAGGUUACAUGCAGCGACGUAUCUUGCUUUGAAAUCGGGGAGGGGGAUUUAAAGCGAAUGGAGCUCGGGGCUUAUACAACAUGAUGUUGGGGAGAAAAAAAACAUACCAAACGCCUUAUAGUUACGGUCCCGACAUCCUUGCUUUUAUUUCCUGGUGUUGUAAUGUAUUUAAUGAACAUGAAACCGUCAAGAGUUUUUCAGCAAUCUGGCAAAAUGCCCGUUUAUCUGACAAAGAUCUGACAAAAUUGUCAACCGUUUCCAUUGACGUGCACCUUGCACGCGGGCCGGCACGCGUGAUGAAAGUUUCAAAGAGUUCGAUUGUGAAGCAGCUAAGGUUGAAUUCCACCUCCCACACCAGGAUGGUCCAAAGGGUUAAAUUUACCGACUAUGGGGAUGUGGGGAAUGUAAGGAGAUAAGACUAACUGUAUUCCGAAAUAAUACAUGUAUAAUUUAUGUAAAGAUGGGCAAAUAGACAUCUAAUUUAAAUCGAAUGAUAUCCAUGCAAUUUUUAGUUUGAAUAAGUUGCUAAUGCAUGUACUUUGAUAUCUUCCAUUUCAUCGUGAUGGAACUUUUGUUUAUUUGUUUUCUCCUAGUACGAGGAAUUGUCAAGCUUCAGAUACAUAGUACGAUUGUGAUUACUUCAACUUUCUUUUAAUAUGAACCUUCAAAAUGCAUCGAUGUACGUCCCUGUUGACCUUAUUUGCAACUUAUGUUUCGCUAUUUCAGAGUAUUUUAGUGCCUUUCUAGUUUUUAUGCUAAUUAGUAUUACCAUAAUCAUGAGCAAAACUGUGACGCCAUCUUAGAAAGAAAGCUUUAAUGUUACGUCGGCCUGUACACAAAAAAAGUCCUGCAUUCUUGUAGAUUUUACUGAACUAAAUUUUCACGUCUUUGCUGAUUCACUGUUAGUCAAGUGAAAUAAGCAAGCAUCAAUCCCUUUCUUAGAAAUGUUUUCAGUUAGUAAAUUUUGGGUUCAUAAUUUUAACAGAAAACCUUUGCACUGAUGAACCGUUGUCUUUCCAAGAUGACAUCACAGCAACCGCGCCCUCAUUUUUCCAGGAAAGCGUAGAUCAUUUCAAUUCGUUCGUCACCCGGGCACUGGACGGGAAGGGCUGAUGACUUCGCAAUGUGAUUGGCUACAUUGUGCCCGACCUAUGACUGAAAGGUUAUCACUUUCUGUUAGCGAAGUGGUAUGUUGUAAGUACGAGCAAAGUGUCAGCUAUGAUAAAAAAAAUGGUCUUGGUACAGUCACAGUAUGGUAAUUUAUCUUUUCACGAAGUGUGACUGAUCACGUGUCUUUUGGCGAUAUAUUUCAAAUCAUUGGUUAUCUGGAUCAAUUUUGGAUGAACGAAUAAAGU